AUGAGACGGGGACAACAUGCAGCAAAGGGCUUGGCUCAGAAUAAAAACUUGGUCACUCCACUAGUUUUGGACGUAAAUGUGAAAAUGAAGAAUCAGAUGAGGCCGUUCGUGCUUCUUGCUCUGGUUGCCUUGCUGGUCAGGGCUCAGACACCAACUGAACCCAACUAUGAAGAUUUCCUCUUCAACCUCAAAUUUCCUCUGGACAACUACCGUCCACUUCUGAAUCAAGUGCAAGUUGAAACUUUGCCCCCUGAGGAGGUCGACCGGUCUGCACUGUCAGUCAGGAGUCUGACAUUUCCUGCACAAGAGACGGAGUGUAGCUCCACACAGGAACAAGGCAGCCCAUGCCCUCUGAAGGAAAAUGGGGAACUGAUGCUGUGCAACGUAAAAGUUACCUACCCAGUGCAAGAGCCCAGUGACAUCAGAGCCUUUGAAAUCAGAUGUGACAUGGCCACAGAGGAAGCCUUGCUGGGAGGAGCCAGGACAAGAAGAAGCACGUCUCGCCAGUUUGGGCCACAUGCAUGUCUAAUUUGUGGAGUUGUAGGUCCAAGAGUGUGUCAACAAUGGAGAUGUCAUAAAAAACCUACAUUUCGUCCAGGAGGCGGGUCCACAGUUGGCAAAUUUGAUGUUACAAAACCUGGAAAAAAUCCUGCUUCCUGGAAAAAACUUCCAGGAGGCGGAUCCUUAAUCGGCCAAAUUAAUGAUGAAAUCAUCACAAAACUUAAUAAUCAGCAUUUUUAGUUUCAUUUAAACAUUCAACUUUAACAUUGGAAUUAAAUUGCAUCUUUGUGUUUUGAGGAAUCAGCUCCAUUUCCUAAACUCUAAACUGCAUGCAGCUUGAAAUCUAAUUUGUAUCUGUCAUAACUGAAUAUUGUAAGCUUUUGUCUGCAAAUAUCCUGUAUGUAUACAGGAUAUUUUUAUGUAUUGUACAUGAUUUCUAUUGCAU